AUGCCAUCAGUGGUCGCUUCUUCAGCAGCUGUUGAGGCGAAGGAGGUGUCCCCUCCGAGUCAAUCGAACGACGGUUCCGUGAAAGCGGCUGCUGCUCCUCCUGCCACGUGGAAGGCGAGCAUUGACUUCAAGUGGGUACGGGAGAACCGGGACCUGAUGGAGGCUAAUGUCAAGGAACGUCAGUCCAAUGCUGACGUGGCUCUUGUCGUGGAGCUUUACGAAGACUUUGUUUCAAAGAAUUUGGAGGUGGAUCGGCUACGCGCGGAGCGGAACAGAGUGGCGAACGCAAUGAAGGCCAAGCUGGAGGCGGAGGAGAGGGCGAGGCUGGUGAGCGAAGGCAAGCACCUCAAGGACGUGCUCGCGGGUCUCGAGGCCGAACUGGGGGAGGUGGCUUCUGAGCUGCAGCGGGAGGGCCAGCGCCUCCCCAACUUGACCCAUCCUGACGUGCCACGUGGCGGAGAGGAAGUGGCUGUCACUUUGCGAACGGUGGGCGAGAAGCGCGCGUUCGCGUUCCCCCCGAAGGACCACGUGGAGCUCGGUCUCACACUCGACCUCUUCGACUUCGACUCCGCUGCCGAGGUGAGCGGCGCCAAGUUCUACUAUCUGCGCAACGAGGCGGCGCUGCUGGAGAUGGCGCUGAUCAAUUGGGCUCUCGCGCUGCUCGUCGCGCGCGGCUUCACGCCCGUAUCCACCCCCGACCUCGUGCGCGCGCACGUCGUAGAGCGAUGCGGCUUCCAGCCGCGCGCUGCCAACACGCAGGUGUAUUCAGUGGAGGGGUCGGAUCUGUGCUUGGCCGGCACAGCAGAGAUUCCCGUGGGCGGCAGCUUCAUGGAUAAGAUCUUGAGCGAAUCAGAUCUGCCACAGCGCGUUGUGGCCUUCUCCCACUGCUUCCGCACAGAGGCUGGCGCUGCCGGCUCUGCCACCAGGGGGUUGUACCGCGUGCAUCAGUUCAGCAAGCUGGAGAUGUUUGUGGUGUGCCGCCCGGAGGACAGCGAUGCCUUCCACCAGGAGCUCAUUCAGAUCGAGGAGGACAUGUACACUGCUCUCGGACUGCACUUCGUCACUUUGGACAUGCCAACAGCUGAUCUAGGUGCUCCUGCCUAUCGCAAGUUUGACAUCGAGGCCUGGAUGCCGGGCCUCAACCGAUAUGGAGAGAUCUCUAGCGCGUCAAACUGCACUGACUAUCAAGCUCGUCGGCUGAACAUCAGAUACCGCCCUGCAUCCAAUGCUGGUGAUGAGGAAGCAAGCAAAACGAAGCCCGAGAAGGGGAAGAAAGGUGGCAAAGCCAAGGCACCUUUGGCUCCACCACGUCUGAUGGAUCCGUUUGGCAUUCAGGUUGACGUCGCACUGAAGUACGCGGACAGCUACAUCCCUAGAGACUUGGCUUUCCGAGCUUCUGAUUUUGUCCGCACUGUUCCGGUGCGUGCCAAGGAGGCACUUCACGGCUAUCAGGAGAAGGGGGCCCUUGGCGCAGCUAAAUCCUAUUAUUACGACUCAUUGGAGCCGGUUCUGUCAGCUUACCUUGUCUUCUUGUGGCGCUUGGCGUUGUCCAUGCCGCUUGUUCCCCAUGUAGUGGUAGCAGCUUACCCCACGGUAUUCGCAGCAGCCAGUAAGUACAACACCGUCGUCGCAUCGUUUCAAAAAUCCGACUUCGCCUAUGUGAAGAAGGCUGCGGAUGUGGUCCCGCUUGUUCCUGUGGAGAAGGCUGAGAGCUACGUGAAGCUCAGUCUACAGCAGGCUGGAGUGCAAUAA